GCCCAGCCCACCUCCUAAAGUGGACACGCGGAUACACGAGGAGUUUCUGCCGCCGAAAAAGAAAAAAAAAAAGAAAAAAAGAGUGGCGUCUCCACUCCCACUGCUACUAUUCUUGUCUAAGUUUGGUUCAUUUGUUAGUUCGUUUGGUAUCCUCUCGCUCUUAUUCAUAAAACCACCCUCCGCCAGCACUAACAAGUCUCCCAUGAUUUUCUAACGGAAUUUAGACCCUGGAUUUCAGCUGGCGUGCUGUGUGGUGUUGGUUCCUGGGGUUGAAUAGCACCGGCGACCCGUUAUGAGCACGAAAGACGCAGAAUCCACAAUCCACUCGCAGAACGGUCUCUUCGACCCUUUUCUAUGAUUUAAUCGUCGCGCAACGGUUCUCGGGACCCCAUCGUACCGGUUAACAUGGCUGCGACCAUGAAUAUGGGCUUGUUGCCCACCAUCAAAUGCUCGAAUUGUGGGAUAAAUGUCGAGAUCUCGGUAAUGGGUGACCAUGUCUGCGCACCUCUGUCCGUAUCUUCAUCACCCCCUGCGCCACCACCGAAACAUCACAGUCCAUCGAAAAGUAUAGGGAGAUCAGGCAUCCCACCACCGAUUGAUCCUUCUAAAGCCAAUCGACCAUUUAUGCGUCUGGAGGCUGUGAUCAGCAAUAAGGGUAAUAUCACCCCGUUUCCAGAUGGCCAGAAAUCCCCGCCUCGCCAGUUACUACGGAGCCAAACGUCUCCCCUCCCCUCUCAGCCGCAAUCUUCAGAUCAGGAUGAGAUUCCGACAUUUCCCCUUCCACGGUCCAUGUCUCAAAAGACAUCAAAGCACAUGGUACCUCUUGACAAUCCAUACAAGGCGCUGCCAAUUCCGGCCAGCGAUAUUGGUACCACAGGCAAGAGUAUUCGCUUACCUUUAGGCGAGCAAGCGGUAGCACCGCUGCCACCGUUGCCCAAGGACGACGUUCCAGGGCCACUACCAACCUUUCACAAAUAUAGCUACUCCACUGAAAGUAAAAGCAGUUACCGAACAUCUGUCGGCAGCUCCCGGUAUGAUUCCAGACGAUCCACAUCAGUGUCAAUGGGGCGGCCAUCCUAUGGUAGCUUGUCGCAUCAGUCCAAAUUCCUAGAGGAUGCUCCGCCGAUCCCGUCUACAUUUCCCAGCAAGCUGUUACGUGAUUCAACUGCCACCACGUUCUCGGAAGCAAGUAUGCCUCACGGCGACAUCAAACAUGACCAGGAUAGGCAUAAGCGCCAUGGCAGUGGUACUCACAAUCCGUCUAUGGAGCCCACCACCGACAAGGUGGAUAACCAGCAAGAUAUGCCAGCUGCUCUCCGUGCAUCAUCCCAUACCAACUCGGACCGUCUAAGCAGCAACCGCGGGUCCGCUGAACUGUUCUUUAGAAGCCCUACCCCGAGUUCCCAUGGUACGCCGUCGGAACUUCCCGACCUCUCCGAAGAGCGGUCAACCUCUCCUGCAGACAUGCAGGGAAUCGAAUACAAAGCUUAUAAGAGCCCGGGUCUCCAACCCCCCGGGCAGGAACUUGGCGCCGGCGACGGACUCGCCCCUGCACCGAGGAAGAAUUCGGAUGCCAUCAGCGAAGCUGGUAUUUCUAUCACUAAUUUUGCUCGGGAGUUGGGCUUGGACACUACGGACAGUGUGAUGGAGAGCUCGACAGCUUCCUCGGAUUCAUCGCCGAGUGAUACACGAAGCGGCACCUCUUUCUCCAGCAUCGGAUCAGAUAUCAGCAUGUCAAAGCGCAACCUGUCCGAUCAAGGCCAACUAGGCACCUUAGUGGAGGAACUACAAACAACGAACGGCGAGAAUACAACGAUGUCAAUGACAGGUUUAGAUACGCUCGAGCCUCCUCGAAUGCCGCAACAUCUUUUCAGUCCAGACUCCCCGACCGAUCCCGCCAUCAGUACGGGAAGCGUGUCCCUUCUUCAUGAUAAGCCCAUGCAGAAACCGACAAAGGAAGACCAGCCGGAGCCCCCUGCAACGACUAGUCCCACAACUGAACGGCCUGCUCGUGCAACACCCCGCCCAAAGGGCCCUUGCCGCGGCUGUGGGGAGAUGAUUGUCGGGAAAUCUGUCUCGUCUGCGGAUGGUCGCCUUACGGGCCGGUAUCAUCGGGCAUGCUUUGUGUGCUAUGAUUGCAAAACCCCUUUCCAAACCGCCGACUUUUACGUCAUGGAUGACCUUCCAUAUUGUGCGCAGCACUACCACCAGCGCAAUAACUCGCUUUGUCAUACAUGUCACACAGGAAUUGAGGGACAGUAUCAGGAGACAAUCGAGCAACGGGGCCAUGGGCCAGCCGAUCGCUUCAAGUUUCAUCCAGACUGUCUCACAUGCCGCACCUGCCAAGUUGCGCUGAAAGGGGAGUACUUUGAAUGGAAUGGUCAGGUAUACUGUGAGCGUGAUGCCCGCAGAGCCGCGGCUUUACCACCACCCCCUCGCUUCCAGCGCCCAGGCCCGGGAUUAUAUCCGCCCGGACCGCCACCCCAUGCGCGUCAACCUUCGCGCGGCUAUCCCCGUCCUCCACCCCCCGGGUAUGCAGGACGCCCCAGAUCACCACGCCCUGGCCCACCUGGCCACCCUGGCCCCCCUGGCCCCCCUGGACCGCCUGGACCGCCUGGAACCCCAAUUACCCGUCUUCCUCCACCAAGCUCAUUCGACGGGCCGUACGGAAUGACCGUAGAUGCCGGCCGACGAUUCCCAGAGCGGAGAACCACCAGAUUAAUGAUGACAUGAUUUGACAAUUCCGCUCCGAUGAACAGUGUCAGGUAUAUAUUACUUUCAUAUUCAGCUCACUGGGUAGCAGAGUUACUCUUUCCCCUCAUUUCCUGUCUAUACGUGUUGGAGUAUCGUGUUUUCUGUUCUGUCUAUAUUCAGGCUGCUUUAUACCCUUUGUUUCUUGUUGAUAUUGUAUCUUAUGGUGUUUCUGCUCUCUUUUAACACCCCCCUGGGCUGGAUAUUUGAUGCGCAUGGAUGUUUCCAUACAUAAUGUUUGAUAUAAUGCUGGCCAUAUACACGACCCUGGCAGGCGAC